AUGGUGGAGGUGAAGAAGAUGAAGAAUCAGGAGGAGGAACGUGAGCAGGCGGGGGAGAUCAGGACCUUAAAAGAGGGAAAUCAAGAGCAGAGAGCAACGCUGGAGAGUCAGAAGACUGAACUGGCGAGUCAGAAGACUGAGAUCAACAAGCUGAAGCAGGAGCUAAAAGUCAAACAGGUGGCUUUCUCAGCUUCUCUGCUUAAUCAAGGCAGUGGAGAUACCGGACCCUUUAACACAGAGGCUACUGUGAUCUUCAAACGUGUUGUCACCAACAUUGGAAAUGCCUACAACCCCAACACAGGGAUUUUCACUGCACCAGUGAGAGGAGCCUACUACUUUGGAUUAACCCUACAUGGACACGGAGACCCUGCUUAUCCCACGGCUGCUAGAUUGUUCAAGAAUGGAGAGCUUAUUUUCUCAGCAUGGGAACAUCAGCCAGCCAAUUCUCCAAGUACAUCUAAUGGUGCCUCACUGCUUCUGGAGGUUGGAGACCAGGUGCUUGUGCGUCUCUGGGCUGGUGCGAAGAUAUAUGAUGAUUCUAAUUAUCAUUCCAUUUUCAGGGGCCAUCUCCUUUUCACCAUGUGAGAGGUGUAAAAGUGCCAAAACUUCCUGUAUGGGUUGUCUUGUAUGAGUAAAGGUCUUUUUUGGGUUUUUUUUCGAGGAAGUAAUGGAUGGACAAAGGUUUUGAAAGUGGACCUCGCAGUUCUGCACAAUAAGUCAUAUGUGGAAGUAUCAGUAUGCAGUAUAUUAUAAAUAAGGCAUUAUAAGUAAGGAAAUCUUAUUUUUAAUUUUAUACAACAUACCAAGUGUCUGAGAUUUUUAACUAUAUGUAAUUAAUAUGGUGCUUCCCUAUUAGCCCACUGUCAGUGACCACCCCUAAGAACUUUUUAACAAAAAAUUUCAACAUCACUGAUUUUAAGUACCUGUAUUAUAUACAAAUAUCAUAAAUUUAGUUUUUGAAAUAUUAAGAGACAAUUUGUUAACACAUGUCUCUAACAAGUGUCUUCCUUCCGUUCAUCAGGUGACACAAAUCCAGUGGACACUAAAAGCACUAAAAGCAAACCACUGUUUGUCCAUAACAAAUAUCAUUUUUGAACAUUAGGAGAUCCAUAAAUGCAUGUGGCACUGAGACAUUCUAGGUUGCAGGUUGAUGAUUGAUUUUAACUCAUAUUAUCAGAUUUGUGGUGUUACAUAGUCCAUGGGCCAGACCACUUUUUGGUCCAUGUCAGUGUGCCAAAACUUAACCAUAAUUUUUGAAAAGCUAUAUUUCUGUAGACGAUAUUUUGGUGUGAUAGCCCUUCCAAAGUGGUAGCUUAGUCACAGUUAUCAGCUCAUGAAGUUACCAAACCGUUAAGAAAAAUUUAGAUUUUUGACACCAUGUUUAUCUGAUUUAGGCUCCUGGUACAGACAUUUAUCAAAGGUCUAGAAUAUAGUGUUUGGUAUCAGUUUAAAGGGAACCCUCGUGGCUUUUAUUUUAGCCAAGUUUUGGAUCUCGCUGACCAACAUAGAGAUUAGUAGAGAUCUUUAAACCACAAAUAAUACAAAUGUUCCCAUAAUUUUCACCUAAACUAAAUACUUUCUUUUAGCUCUGUGGCAUCCAGGGACAUCAGGGACACAAGAGUCAACCACUGCAAUACGCACAAAACCCUAAGGAUUCAGGAAAUGUAUAAUAUACCCACACUGUCUCUUUGUGGGAGAUGAUUGUGAGCCGUACUUAGUUGUCACAGGUUUAGAAUUGGUUCUACCCAGAACAACAAAUUAUAGUUUGGUUAUUGUCAUUGCACUUUUCCAAUGAAAGGAAAACUGUGUUUAAGUAUUUCUGUCCGUGCCCUCAUGACCCUGAGCCUGCCAGAGGGGAGGGUACCCGAGAUACAUUGUCCAGGGAGUGUGUAAUCCAACCUGAAUCUUUUUCUCAGUCGGGCGAAUGGAUUGGGUCCAAGGGUGGGACCCAAUCCAUUCGCCCGACUGACACUCCACUCCAAUGUACCCAGGGGGCACCAGUGAUCGUUGACAUAGUCUUAAUGAUCUGCUGCAGGUCUUUUCUCUCCUCUGAGGUGCAGUUGGAGAACCACAUCCAUAGUUCAGGACACUUUUUUUGGUGCAUUGAUAGAAGUUGGUGAGGCGUUUUGGUGGGAGCCCAGUUUUCCUGAGGCACUGCAGGAAGAAGAGUCUCUUUGCCACUUCUCUGUUGUUUACUACCCAUGUCAAGUUCCUUGAGAGGUGAACACAAAGGUACUUGAAGCUCCCCACCUGUUCCACUUUUUCCCCAGCAGUGACAAGCUCCGUUGUUUUCUUGAUGUUGAGGAGCAAGUCAUUAUUCUAGCAGCAGGAUGUGAAGGCUUGGACCUCCUGUCUGUAAGCUGCCUUACAUUAUUGGUUAUUAAAAGUGAUGUCAGUACGUUACUUGGUAACACAUUACUCUAAUCUGACUACUUUUUCUCUGUAACGCGUUUCUAUUUGC